AUGGACCGCAGGUUGGCUAUCAUUCACAGGAUUAUUCUAUGCGUCGAUGCCCCUGAGGAGGUGCAGAACCACAUCGACCUUAUCAACGCCACCCCAGACUUGGUACUUCCACGCUACGCUCAGGUGUACUUGCGCUGGGAGCGGGGCGUCGAAGCGUCAAACGAAGAUCUACUGCAGCUGCGCCAGUUGCUUCGCAUGGUCUCGGUCUGGCCCACCGUGUACAAGCUGAGCCUCGACCUCCCGAAGAACACUCCCCCAGACGUACUUCAGGGCAUUGUCUUUCGCGGCGUCAAACAGCUCAUCUACGACGGCCCCGCAUCCACAGUCUAUUAUUUCUUGCGUCAGAAUCCCUCCAUCACCACCCUCACCCUCUUCUGUCCACCCAUCGACACCCCUACCAUUUUUGGUAUCGCAAGGUUUCCUUCAAUUCCAUUCCGCCAUGCUCCCCUCCUCGACAACAUCACGACUCUUGCUUGCCCCGUCGGAUGCCUCAAGGGGCUGUCGUUCCCACUCUUCCGGCUCGAGGUUCUAUACUUGGAGCUGAAGGACGCCGCCGGCAUCCCGGUCUCUCGUGCCCGUGUGGCUCGCACCCUGCGGGACCUCUCUCCGAAGAUAUUCCCUCGCGUGAACUUUCUGUACGUCCACAUGGGGCCUGGCGAUCGCCGACUUGUGAAAGAGAUUCCAAGACUCUUUCCCAAGAUCCACAGCCUGUGCUUGAUCUACGCUGGAAGAACUCCUCCCUUCCCACUCUCCCGGGGAGCUGAACGUCUCGUCAUCGCUCGGCAAUCCCCGUGGGGUGAUGGGCGUCGGUGGCAGCAGGCAUUGCGCAAGCUGGAGCUUUUGGAAUGCCUGCUCGUCUGCACCACCUCUCCCCUCUUCGUGGACGCCCCCAUCGGAGACAUGCGGGCUGAAAGGAAAGUUGUACGCCACUGGACCGGGGUCUCAAUCCGAUCUCCUCACCCCUCCCUUUACCAUAUUCUCUUGGCGUAUUCUGUGGGGUGCGGUUACUCUCCUGGCAUCAUGUCGCGGUGGGGUCCUAGUUCUACGACGGCGAAGUGGUGUGACUGGAUGUAUGGAGUUUGGCUAGCACGGCAUGUUACGGUCGCGGAGCGCGGGAGCGCGGAGGUCGGGCGAGUCGGAGACGAGCGGAAAGGCGGGAUCGGAUUAGAGGACGCGCUUGACCUCGGAGAGGCUCGCGGUAGUGGGGAGACGGGAAGGAGAGGCGACGGGGAGGAGCCAGGAGGCAAUCGCGUGGCGAUACAGUGA